UUCCAGUGAAACAUGUAGUGCUGUCAGAAGAAUACGAUUUAAAUAAAAAGUUGUGCGAAAAUGUUCUUCAUACUUGUCUUUGUAACUUUAGUCAGUACAGUUCGACAUUCUUCAUGUUUCGUGAUAAAUGCUGACAUAAAAGAGUACAAUUCUAGCUCCGCCGUAUUGCCGGUGAUAAACUUCAGGGACUGUUUCAACUCGGUAGGAUUAGUGGACUGUUUUAAAAACAUCACAAUGCGGUGUUUGAACAAUGCCAUUAACAGCAAUGUAACGCUACGGAUUGGAAACUAUAUGGCAAUCAAGAAAAACCCGGUAUUUCUUGCAAGUCGCGCGAACGAGCCAACUCCAGUUGGCUGGACUACGAUCCUUGCGAAGCUUCGUGAUUUUAUCAGCUCCCGAACAGUUCAACUCAGUUUACUAGCUCCGGACGGGCGUUCACUGAUUCCGCUUUCAUUGGAAGGCCGCGGCAAGAAACACAAACACAAGCAACAUGGUGGGAUGUACAUGAUGGGUGGGGUGGCCUUCAUGGCGAUGAUGGCUCAACUGGUGCUUGGCAAGGUGGCGCUGCUGGCGGCGGUUGCUCUCAUUAUGGCUAAAAUUGCGCUCAUCUUCUCUACGCUGAAUGGUUUCAAAAAGGCAGCCGCUGGUGCUGUUGGUGGGGGCGCGGGCACAGAACACGUAGUGUAUGAGCAUUCGUCGCACGGAUCAGGAGGUGGCGGGAGUGGAUGGCAACGCAGUAUUGAACCGAAGCGGCAGAGUGGUGGACUAUACGAAGACGAUGAUCUACCUUAUCGACGAAAGCGACCAGAAUAUGACUAUAAAGAUCUGGAAGGCGCGUGAGAAGGCAGGCGCUUCGGCGUUUGAAAUAGUGUAUAUAAUUUUAAUACAUUAUCAGAUAAAUUUUAUGUUUUGAUUGUAAUGUUCGAGUUUUGUCUAAGCAGGAAAAAACGGAUUUUAAUAUAACGAUAAUUACAUUACUUAUUGAAUGUAAAUGGCAGUGAAAAUUAUAAAA